AUGGCCUGCGGUCACAUGAGGUGGCCAUGCUCGGCACAGGUGGCCGGCUCGCGCUGGCACAGGAAGCACUCGGCAAUGAUGGCUCUUGUUGGGGACAAUCCAGGAAACCGGCCGGCCCAGGGCCAGGCAGCCCCAUGGGCCACAGGGGAAGGCGCUGGCUGGGAAGGACGCCCAGGAUGGCCUCACCCGAAGGCUGCUGCGGCCGCGGGGUGCACGGCGUGGGACCGGCCAGCGGCCAGGGGGCUGGCGGAGGUAUCGGCGGCCCCGGCCCCGGCUCUCCCACAAGGGCCCCAUGCCGUUCUGAGCCAGGGCUGCCACACUUCCACGGACACGGCUUCCAUCGCUCGCGUGUUCUUACCUGCUCUGCUCAUCCUCCAGCCCUUGGCCUGGGAUCCCCCCCGUGAGCCCUCGGCUGGUCCCUUCUUCUCCCGGCGGUUGCCCCCGGUGCCGCGUCAGGCGCUGCGGGUGCAUUCUGCCCCUCCUCGCCGCCUCGCAGGGCUGGCUGGGCGGGGGCUGCCUGCGGAGGGGCCAGGGUUGCCACGAUGCCCCGUCCCGCUGGGCACGGGGCUGGCUCAGGCACCAGCCUGCUGGGACCACGGCCUUUGCGCAAAGCACUUUGUCAGGCGGAGCAACUUCUCCUCAGGGGUCUGUGAGCUUCCUCUGGGUCCUGCCCCAGCCCCGUCUGUCACCCCCACGCCAGGGGGGAGGACGCAGCUUGUCCUGGGUCUAUUUAUUCCCAUGGCGCUCAUCCCACACCCUGGGUGAAUUGACCUCCCUUUCCCACUGGCACACCCACCUCGUGGUGCUGUGGGGUGCCCACCCAGGAUACACUGUGGGGCCCUGGGCCCCUCUGCUUCACGCCAUGGGAACAUGCAGCAGGAAUUGGGGGGCUCUGGGGUCUCUGUCAAGCUCUGCCAUACACCAAAAAGAGGGGCCCUGGCUCUGAGCUGGGCCCUAAUGAUUGUCUCCUGUGUCUGUAAAGAUUUAUUCCAUGUA